UUGCGUAAGACUCAAAGUUUCUAAGGGGCCCAUAAAAAAAUCCCUUACACAUAUGGCUAUCGUGUUUAUGGCUUAUUUACUAUCAAAAGUUAUAUUGAUUAUUAAAAUGGUCUAACUCAAAUGCCAGCAUAAUUCAUAUUAUGUCACUCGUCAUCCCACACCACCCCUUCUUCAUCCAUUGUAUCGAACAGUCUUCUGCGCAUGUGCUGCAGAAUCCGGAAGACCGCCUCUAAACAAAAGCAAACUGCGCGAAUUAGUGAAAGAGAAAGAGGAGAGUGAUUGAGAAGAAAAUGCAAAACAGCAAGAUGAAAAACCCUACUCCAGUGGCACUGAAGAGAGAAGGAAGGCAGAGGAAAACAAAAAACCUUUACGUCUUCUUAAAGUUAUAGAAAGUGACAAGUUUGUUCACUGCACCCGCAGCACCAGCAACCCACAACCCACUUGAAGGACAUGGAGAUGAGUAAUUAGAAAAGAAAAAAGAGAAAACCAAAAGGAAAAAAGAACAAAUAAAUGAAGGUCAUACAACCACAAAUGGACAGUGGAGAAAAAGAGAUGAAAAAGAGUAGAAGAUUCUCCAUUUGUUCCAUGUUUGCUUCCUUUUUAUGUCCAUACAUGCCUUUUAAUCUCGUUUUCUAUUAAUACAAUUCAGGAAGAGAAAAGGAGAGAGGAAUGUGAGUAAAAGAGUCAAUGGAAAAUAGACUGGAAGAGAAAAGGGGAGAGUCAAGUAGUGAGUAAAAUGGGUAGCAAGUAAAAAGAAAAAAAAGGGAGAGGAUAUAUGUAAAUGGGACAGGAAAAGAGCACCAUGGUACAGUGGACGGCUUCUACUGGCUUUCUGCUACCAUGUGUGAAGAUCAGCAACAUACUGUUUUUUGUUCUGCCGCCGAUCUUAAUGUGCUUGUUCCGCCAAUAUGCCACGCAUUUCAACAGCGGGAUCUACCUCAUCUGGAUCCUGCUGGUUGUGGUCGGAAUCGGAUCGACUUAUUUCCACGCCACCCUCAGCUUCCUCGGUCAGAUGCUGGACGAGCUUGCAAUUUUAUGGGUGCUCAUGUGUGCCAUCGCCAUGUGGUUUCCUAAAAGAUACCUGCCAAGGACCUUCAGGAGAGAUCGGUCGCGCUUCAAAGUGGUCAUCGGUAUCUUGUCAGGAAUCACUACCGGGCUGGCUUUUGUUAAACCCGUCAUCAACUCUCUGUCGCUGAUGACUCUAGGCAUCCCCUGCACACUGUUGCUCAUAUCCGAGCUGAAAAGGUGUGAAAACCCGCGUGUGUUCAAGCUGGGCUUGAUCUCGGGGAUCUGGUGGGCGCUGGCUCUGCUCUGCUGGAUCAGCGACAGGAUAUUCUGUGAAAUGUGGUCAUCUGUUAACUUCCCCUAUUUACACUGCGCCUGGCACAUCCUCAUUUGCCUGGCGUCCUACUUGGGUUGCGUUUGCUUUGCAUACUUUGACGUCGCCACCGAAGCCCCGGAGCGAGGCCCCGUCAUCAUGUUCUGGCCAAAUGAGAAGUGGGCUUUCAUCGGCGUGCCAUACGUUUCCUUCCUCUGUGUCCAUAAGAAGCCAGUCGUCAAGGUCACCUAAAAAUCAUAACCGAGUCGACUUCUCUACAACUUCAGGAGCAACGAGAUGCUACAGUACAUGGCGGAGCUGUUCCUCCUCAAUUGGUGCUUUCGUGGUUUCAGGACAUCUACGAUGGUCUAAAAAAACUCCCAUAUGUGGGCUUGUGUUAUGAAGCACUAAGUGGGUUACUUUUUAGUGUGUUUCAGGGUUGCACUUUAAAAAACAAAAGUGUCAAAGCUAAAAAAAAAAAACCCUUCACAGUGUUACUCAACUGCUCUCAGGCUUGCAUGAGAAAUCAUGUAAUCUCGUUUGAGUCACAGUAUUACUGUUAUGCAUUUAAUCUUUUAUGAAGAACGGAUUGAUCACCAGAAAGCUUUAUAGUACAAUCCUUAAUAUCAGCACCUCAUUGAUCCAGUUUUUUGUUUAAAUCCCUAAAACUGGUGCACUGGAAUAAUUUAAAGGAAUUGAGGCUCUGUUCAGCCAAUUAUGCAACUCUGUGAAUUUACAGGACAAUUUCAAAGAUGUUCCUCCAAAAGCCUUAAGAAGACAUCUAAUUGCCCUUUAUGAAGGCAGAUUUUUUUUUGUAUUCUUAUUUCUGUUUAAGAUGUACUAUGAAUAUUUAAAUUAAUGUGAGGGAAAAGCGUGCUUUAAUAUAUUUUUUCUUGACAUUAUAAUACUCUGAUACAGUUUGAAGACACAAAUAUGUUUUCCUUUUUUUCUGACUGACUUGGUACUUUUUGUGGUUGAUGCAUAAACUGAACAUUUAGAAAUGUUAGGGUUUUUUUGUUUGUUUUUAAUCAUAAAAAAUACAUUAGUUUGAUUCAAAAGCAGCCUGAUUAUCUUUGUUUUACGUUUUAUUUAAAAAAAAAUGCUUCAGUUUAUUAAUAAGUCUUCACCAAACCAUAUAAGGGAUCCUUUAUUUUUAUGUGAUUUACUUGCUUUACACCUGAAAAAGUUCUUAUGUAAAUUAUUGCAAGAAGCAAAGUUAGAUGAUUAAAUGUACAAUGCAUUUUCAAUGUGUGUCAUAGCAUGUAAAAUAUGUUUUUAAUAUAAAAAAGAAACAAAAAUCUUGUAAGAAGUGAAAGACUUUGGCAUAGAAUAACCCAGUGUUUCCCUCAACACUGUGUUGUUUAACAUUGGGCCUCAGGUAUUAUUAAACUGUCCUUUUUCCUAACAUAUAUUUCUCUAAGAACAUUGAAAGUACAUGUGAUUUGCACAAAGAUGUUUAUUUUUUCUAUAAAUAAGGCUGUUUUGUAUUCAAAUAUUUGUAAAAAAAAUGAAGUUGUCAUAUAUUUUGUGCAAUAAAUAAAAAUCCAAUAAUAAA